GAGGGAGCAGAAUUAGCACACAAUCCACCUAAUGUCCAAAUCUUGUUCAGCUGCAAGGGUUUACUGUAUGUAAAUGUUUGUAACUUCUUAGAGCUGAUAUAAUUUAUUUAGGUAGUUUUGGUUUCUUUGAUAGUUCACUGGGAUUGUCUUUAUGUUGUUUGCUUGAGAGUUUGGCAAGUGUUCAUUUCAACUACCACACAGUUCACAGCAAGUGUUCAGUGAGACACGAAGUGUGUGAUCGUUGUAAGACAGGCGUGGGAAGCCUCAUACUCUGCAUUCAGGACUGUGUCUAGUCUUGUAGAGGUGGUGCAGAAAGAGUGUUCUGGUUUGAGAUGCAGCGGUGAGAGAGGAUGUGGUUAGAAGUAGAUUGUUCAAACUAUUCAGAGGUAGAAGAUCAACAACCCUAAUCUCACUUUUGUCACGUGCAAAUGAGUGGGGGUGUGGGGUAUCGUAACCCAUAUUUAUCUUGGAAUUAUCACCCCUAUAUAGUUGUCCACUAACUGGCAUGGUAUGCUUCUCUAUUAGAGUUUACUUGUAAACUGAGCAAUGUUUGUCUUAGCCUGACAUUUUCUUCCUUAUUCUCCAAGAGGCGUUUAUGAUGUAUCAAUGAACAUUAAACACGUCUCUUAUCAAACUCCUGUCAGGACUCUGUCUGUUGGGUCUACUCUGUCUAAGGUUGUCACCUGUUGUAUUCGGCGUAUGUGACAAAUAAAAUUAGAUUUGAUCUUGAAAACACCAGUGCCUUUCAAAUUUGAAUGCGGUCGGGAUGAAAGGGUGCUCUUAGGGAACAGAUGAUGGGGCAUACAAACGUGUGUGUGUGUGUGUGUGUGUGUGUGCAUGUAACACUGCAUGUUAAAGUAGAGAUAAGGAGUUUCAAUUUGUGCUUGUUCACUGUCACCAUAAUAGUCCACGAUUGGUGAAAAAUACAUUCCUGAAGUUUUUAACACUUUCUAAAUAUGUAUGCUAUUCUUAGAUAUAACCUCAACAUUCCAUAGGCCUACCCAGAAUAGAAGGUAAAGGGUGUGGUGAAGGUAUGCACAGCAUGUCACUUUUCUACCUUUUAUACUCAGUCAUUGGUAGAGUCACUUUGUAAAAUAAUUAUUGGGGUUUUCCAGACCACUAAAUGGAGGAUGUGUCUGACUGGACUGAUGUAAAGUAUUUGCGAAACAAAUAUCAUAAAUAAUUUCUGUUUUGGUUCAAAGAGAGGAAUAUCCUCAUUAAUUCUGGUGGUCUAUAUUUGUUAUGACAACGGACGCUAGUUGUAUCAAACACUUUAUUUAAGUUCACCUGAGCCUAUAGGGGCUUUCUAGACCAGUAUGACGUGAGCGUCUGCGUGCAGUCAUGAGACUGUGGCAGCGCGAGCAGCCGAUUCUAUCCUUGUGCAGUGUGCACCUAACCACAUUGAAAGUAUCUGAAAGCCCUGUGACCUCCACCAUGCUUCUUCAUGUGUAUACAGAGUUGAGGUUGCCUCACCUCACCCCCCCUGGCCUUCCUGCACCUGUCAGAUCUUCCAAAACUGAUGCUGUUGUUGUGGAAACAGUGAUGAAGUGAUAGAAAAAGGAGACGAGGAGGAUUCCCCAACAGACAGAGUCCUGACAGGAGCCUGGAAGGAUACUACUACUAGACACUGACAGACCUGAGGCAGAGUGUGCCACACUGAGCUGAGGACCAGCAGCAUGGACCAGCAGCAUGGAAAAGUGGAGCGCUUCCUCAAGCUGGGCUACUCCCAUAGUGACAUUGUGCGUGUGCUAGAGAGCCUGCGUCAUGACGCCCAGACCAACGAAAUACUGGAGGAGCUGAUCAAGACCUGCCAAAUCACCACUACAACAACCACCACCACCCCAUCCAUACCAGCCAGCCACUCAGCCCACUCCAGCCCACAGCUGGUCCCUCGAGGCUGCAGCUCUCCCCACCCCAACCAGUCCCUACGGCCCAGCUCAGCUACAGACGGGGAUCCCACUUUGGGAUUCAGACCGGUGGUAAUUGAUGGAAGCAAUGUGGCCAUGAGCCAUGGCAACAAGCAAGUGUUUUCGUGCCGGGGGCUGUUGCUGGCAGUCAGGUGGUUUUUGGAGAGAGGUAUCCGUGACAUCACAGUGUUCGUGCCUCUGUGGAGAAAGGAGCAACCCCGUCCUGAGGCCCCCAUGACAGAUCAGCCCAUCCUCCAUGAGCUGGAGAAGAGAAAGAUCCUGGUGUACACCCCGUCACGCUGCGUCAACGGGAAGAGAGUGGUGUGUUACGACGACCGCUACAUCAUCAAACUGGCCUACGAGUCCGACGGCAUUGUUGUGUCCAAUGACAACUACAGAGACCUGCAGAUAGAGAAGCCAGAGUGGAAGACGUUUAUAGAGGAAAGGCUGUUGAUGUACAGCUUUGCCAAUGACAAGUUCAUGCCUCCUGAUGAUCCUCUGGGAAGGAAUGGCCCAACGAUUGACAACUUCCUGAGAAUAAAGCAGUGGACCCCAGAAAACAAGAAGGAGCGUUGCCCAUAUGGGAAGAAGUGUACUUAUGGAGUGAAGUGCAAGUUCUACCACCCAGAGCGCUCCAACCAAUCGCAGCUGUCUGUAGCAGAUGAGCUUAGAGCCAAGAGCAAACCUGCUGCUCAGACAGACAGGGAGUGGUCAUUUCUCCCCUCAGGCCUCGGCCAGGAGGGCCAUAUCUACACAUCCCUUUAUGAGCCGGAUCACACUACUAAUCAUCUACACAGAUAUCCUUCCACACCGCCUCACCUUAGAAAAAAUGAACAUUCCCAUUCCCACAGGGCUUUGCCAAGUGAUCAGUUCACCAGCCAGAGAGAAACAGGCAGCCCAGUUCUACAGCACAAAUCCAGCCACCACUUCUGCCCCAGCCCAGACACUGACGAGGCCUUUGGCUCCUUGGAGACCUCGCUGUCCAGACUAUAUGUCCAGGACCAGACAAACAACCCCAAGGGGCCCGGGGUGUCUUACACAUACAGCAGUGGGGUGGCCGGGUGCAGCCAGGGCAGUGGGGACGUCUACCCUUCUAGCACUUACAGCAGCCACAGUUACGGCAGCAACACACAGAGGCUCAGCCUGGGUGGGCCUUCCUCGGGAGUCCACUAUGCCCCCCAAAGACUGCUACAGUGUGGCUGUGACCACUCACAGAGCUGUGAGUGCAGCCAGUGCAUGUACGGCCACCAGCAUCUCCAGCCACAGCUAAGAAAGAGCUCCUAUGUUGUUCACAGUAACCCCAUCCAUUUCACCGAGCAGCAGUACUUUCAGAGUCCUCCCCCACAAAGGCAGAGUCACAGCCUCCCAGAACACAGCCUGGGACAGGGCCUCUCUGGUGAGAGAGUGGAGAUGACCAGGUCCAAUGGCGGUAAAGCUGCAGAUAGUGAGCAGAGGAGGAGUGUGAAGAACCAGCUCAGCACCCUCUUCCCCCCCAGCAUGGUAGACUAUGUGAUGAGUCUGUACCCACACACCCUCAACAAGUCAGAGCUGGUUCCUCUGAUCCAGAGGUUCAGAACCAGCCACGUUCCCUUCUAACGUGCAAGAUCUUUCUCUGUAAGCAUUAAACACAGUAGUUCCUCAGCAGACUAGAGACAAGCUUGAAAAUGUAGCAGUCUGUGCUGAAUUUCCUAUGUAUGUAUAUAGGUCAAGUGCAAUGCACUACCAUCUCCUGAAUGAUGCUAGUUCAUUUUGAAUCUAGCAUUGCCUUAAAGAUUAUCAAAGCAGCAUGUGUUGUUUUAACAUGUAGCCUCAAACUGAGGGAAGCUAUUUGACAGAAUGGGUGUUAACCUGUACGGUAUGCAGAAUAAUACUGUCCUUGUCAUUUGUUUGUUGUCCAUAUUAAAAAUAAGUCCUUGAAAA